AUGUUACUUCGUGUUGCGCACAUCAAGCCUGUUGCAUUUCAGUUGCAAUUGGGGAGCUCUCUACUGCAAACCCGACGCAUCAGCUUUUUGAAGAAGCUUCUUCUGUUGGAUGACUCUAAUGACUCGGAAAUAGACAAGCAUAAGGUGAUCAGGUGGGAUGAGUCUCCAUACGCAGACAUCAGAACAAGGGCAGCAUAUAUAAGGGCCAUGGCAAAAUGCCCUGUUACUCACAAAUCAAUCAACUACGUGUGUCCUAUUUCUGGUAUCCCAACACACCAUGACCGUAAGGCUUGGGAAGAAGAUAAAGAGUAUCACGAGCAGAAAAAAUAUGAGCGUUUGAAGAAGGUGAACUUAUACGAGCAUGAUUUGAGAUCGGGUAGAAAGUUUGACGAAUUCAUUUUCCCCGGUGCUCAGGAGCGUGACUUCACUGUCAGUUUGGAGAAUUGGGACACGUUCUUCUACACUAGAGACUUCAACCCUAUGAAUACCGAAUUUAACUUGGCAGCAGCCACCAAGGUGUUGACUUAUCCAAUAACCAUUGCUGCCAUCUUGCACAGAUUUUCUCCAUACGGAUUAGCUCCUAAGGGACCCGUGACUUUGGAGGGGUUGCGUUCUCUUGCUGCAUUGAGAUACUCAUUAUAUUCCUCGCCCACGAAGAAAGACAAGGAGAUUAGUUUCAAGGACAGACCCAUGAGGAUAUUCCUCGUGGGAGCCAAGAUGGAGGCAAUGUUACCUGGAUACGUGUGGAAGCAGUUCGGAUAUCUCUUCCCUGAGACCAAGUUUGAGUUUCACUUCAUUGGUCCUCAUGCCUACUUUGACGUGGAGGCAAAGGCUUUCAUGCCUUCAAACAGACCACAUGGGAGACCAUUGGUGAGGAAGCACGAUGAACAGAUAACUCUCAUACAUCAUACAAAAUACUUCCAUGAAGUUUACGAUCAAGGUGAUCUUUUCCCUUUUGAUCCUUACUUGGACGUGUUUUUCCUUUUCCAUCCCGGAUUCAAGACUGCCGACGAAAUUCACUGGGACAAGUCCCUCAAGGGCCUUUUGGAAUCUAAGUGCGCGGUAUAUGUCACUGGGUACCACGACGUAGAUAUCGAAAGAGAAAUUGACUGGUUGCAACACCACAGGCUUCAUGACGAGAUGGACAUUCUUAUGAACAAAUCUGGUAACAUAUUUGGAUCUACAAAGAUCGACUUGGUGGACAUCAACCCUACAGAGUCUUUCCAAGCGAAUGACAAGAUUAUGGCUUUCAGAGGCAAGAGAUACCACGCUAUCAGAGCAUGA